GGAAGCCGGAAGCGUUCGAACAGAGCAACGCAUUGUGGGAGAGGUAGUCGCCUGAGUCUUCCAGCAGGCGCUUUGGUACCUGCCCAUAGGCUGCCUUGUGAAAGAUCACUGGAAAAUGCCAAAAUGUAUAGUGACCAACUGUCCACACAGGACUGGACAGAAAGAAAUUUAUCCAUCUGUCAUCCUUCAUCCAUUUCCAGCAAAUAUCGAAAAAAUAAAAAAGUGGUUAUUACAAACUGGUCAGAACUAUGGUGACUAUGAAGUAUUUGCAAAAAAGGUCCUAGAAGCUAAAAAAACAGAUGCAUAUCGGAUAUGUUCCAGACACUUUGCUGAAGAUAAAUAUGUGCAAAAAGGUCCACGUAAACUUCUUAGAAAAGAUGCCAUUCCCACUCUUUUCAGCAACCUUCACCCUUUAAUUCAGCUUCACAGUAUCACAGGACCCCCUCCACGAAAAAGAAAAAGGGGAGAUGACAAAGAGUCGGGCCCAUCAACUUCCAGUAUAGUCCGUAUCAUCUCUCGAGCGAGAACCAUUGGCACUCAGACAGAUCCUGAAUAUUUGAAGAGAACUACUGGAAUGACCACCCUUCCCCUGUCAUUCAUGUGCUCCACAUAUACGCAAAGUGAGGUACCAUUUGAGGUGAUGCACAUGCAAUGCCAGACCGGUGAAGAUUCAGAUCGUGCUGAGUUUUGGAGAAUUGAAAAAGAUCACCUGUAUCCUGCCAGCUUCUCAACACCCUCAAAACCAAGCAUCAACAGCCAGUGGAACACUGAUGAAUAUUCAGAGCCGGCAAAGUUGUGGAGGGUUGAAAAAGAUCACCUGUAUUCUAUCAGCUUGUCAACACCCACAAACCCAUGCAUAAUAACUAUUCAAACCCCCAAAUCCACAAGACCCAACACACUUCCAGUUCAAGAAAAUAAGAUGACUGAAGUGGCACUAGCGACAUCAUUCUCCACUACUGAAGAGCCGAAAGACCCAAAUUUAGACUCUCUUGAGUACACGCCGCAGGAUUCUAGAGGAUCUUCUAAAUCUAACUACAAUCAGGCUGACAAAAUCAGUUAUAUAGCUGACAGAAAAUUUGUCGUUUUUGAAAGCUCUUUGGAUAAAUUACUCAGGCUUAUUCCUUGUCAGCACAAUGAGGGUGAAAAGUGUGAAGCACCAAUCAAAGAAAUACAAAAACAUAUAGAUGGUUCUAUGGUCAAUAUACAACUAUUGUGCCGUAACAAUCACAAGUCCCUUUACUGGAAUUCUCAGCCAAUGACUUCAGACAUGGCAGUGGGCAAUAUAUUAAUGUCUUCUUCUAUUGUUCUAAGUGGAUUAUCAUUUCAGAAAGUCAAAGAAAUGUACGACCUUUUUGGGGUACAGGCAAUUUCCCAUACAACAUUUUGCCAGCACCAGAAUAAAUAUAUUUUCCCAGCAAUUGACUAUAACUGGAAGAAAGAGCAGCAAGAAAUUUUCAAGGAAAUUGGAGAGGAUAGUGUUGUCCUUGCAGGUGACAGACAGUUUGACAACCCUAGACAAUCUGCAAAUUACUGCAUUUAUUCCUUCAUGAACAUCCCUACACGCAAAAUUGUAAAUUUUAAAAUUGUACAGUUGGAAGCUGGUCAGAAACCUACAGUAAUGGAAAAACAGGCUUUCCAAGAGUGCCUCGAUGAGCUGCUUUCCAAAAAAGUUAACGUGCAGAUGGUGGCAACGGAUAGACAUGUUCCCAUCCGUGAAUUGAUGGCCACAAAGUACAAACACAUUGAACAUCAGUUUGAUGCAUGGCAACUGUGUAAAUGGGUUGCCAAAAAAAUCACUGCAGCAAGCAAAAAGCCCAAGUGCCAAGGGCUUACAUGGUGGAUAACCCCUAUUCAAAAUCAUCUUUGGUGGUGUGUGCAGACAAGUAGACAAAAUCCUGAUGUACUGAUUGAUAAGUGGCUAUCCGUUUUGUUUCAUAUUGCUGAUGUACACAAUUUCCCAAGGUUAAAACAUUACAAAAGGUGUAUUCAUACAACAUUAACUCCACAAAAGAGAAAAGAAAUUAAAUGGAUAAAGCCAAGCCAUCCAGCACACAGAGCCCUGGAGAAAAUUGUAAGCGACCCAGCACUUCUUAAAGAUUUGCAACACAUCACCCAGAUCAGUCACACCCCACAAUUCGAAGUGUAUCGUAGCAAGUCCUUGAAAUAUAGAUCUAAAAACUACUCCUACAAAAUAGAAUCGGCAUAUGCAAGAACUAUAUUGGCAAUCCUUUCAAACAACCACAGUGUGGGCAAAGAACGGACAGCAUUAAGGAGUCCAUCAAAAUCUGACCUGCCAGUAGUGGAAAAAUGCUGCAAGACAGUUUUUUCCAAGCAGGAAAAAGACUGGGUGGCAACACCCAUUUACAAACAGGGUGUAGAUAGCCAUCUGUUCAAACUAAUGAAUGACUGCUUGAGCAUAAUGAGCGGAGACGUUCUUUGUGAAUGAACGUUAAACAUGCGUAAAAAAGAUUGCUGGCGCAAAGAAGUCAUGCCACUGAACAUCAUUUCUCCCAAUGUACAUAGUAUGAUUCUAAGAUUCAGCAGUUGCUUAGGCAUGUGAGAGAAAAUGUCUGCACUAAAGAAAGUCAUUUAAAGAAGAACUACACCCCCUCCAGGGUCGAAAAGCCCCCUUAACUGUCCUGCAUAGACCUCCCCCCUCAACUCUUCCUUCUCGCAUAAUGUUUAACUUUAAAAACUGGCCUUAUCGAAAAACCCAACUUAAAAAAGUAAAGCAGAGCAGCAGCGUACCUGGUUGCCAUCUUCAGUUCAUUCGGAUAUGCUUUGGGUCUCACCGCCGACACAGACCCUGCCUGGUCAUGCGCAGUUGAAACUGAUCUCCGCUCAAGCACGAUCCGUGUUAGCGAUAAGUCCCGAAGCAUAUCCGAAUGAACGGAAGAUGGCGCCCAG